AAAAAAGCAAAAAUCCCCCCCCGAACAAUUGCUCCCCUCGCUGUCCAUCGGGGGUGCAUGAUUCAGCCGCGCUCCGUGCCGAGAGGGGCGAUCAUGAUUGAGUGAAGCCAGCCCGUCCGCAGCCAGGAAAAGCACAAAGGAGCAAACACAACCAUGGCCAAGUUGACAGAAUCCAUGACUAACGUCCUAGAGGGCGACUCCAUGGACCAGGAUGUCGAGAGCCCCGUGGCCAUUCAUCAGCCAAAGUUGCCUAAGCAAGCCAGGGACGACCUGCCCAGACACAUCAGCCGAGACCGGACCAAGAGGAAAAUCCAGAGGUACGUGCGCAAGGACGGCAAGUGCAACGUCCACCACGGCAACGUGAGGGAGACCUACCGCUACCUGACCGACAUCUUCACCACCUUAGUGGACCUCAAGUGGAGAUUCAACCUGCUGAUUUUCGUCAUGGUUUACACAGUGACCUGGCUCUUCUUCGGGAUGAUCUGGUGGCUAAUCGCUUAUAUCCGAGGAGAUAUGGACCACAUAGAGGACCCCUCGUGGACUCCCUGUGUCACCAACCUCAACGGGUUCGUCUCUGCUUUUUUAUUCUCCAUAGAGACAGAAACCACCAUUGGCUAUGGCUACCGCGUCAUCACGGACAAGUGCCCCGAGGGAAUUAUCCUCCUCUUGAUCCAGUCCGUGCUGGGCUCCAUCGUCAAUGCGUUCAUGGUGGGGUGCAUGUUUGUGAAAAUAUCGCAACCCAAGAAGAGGGCAGAGACCCUGGUCUUUUCCACCCACGCGGUGAUCUCCAUGCGGGAUGGGAAGCUGUGCCUGAUGUUCCGCGUCGGCGACCUCAGGAAUUCCCACAUCGUGGAGGCCUCCAUCAGGGCCAAACUGAUCAAAUCCAAACAGACCUCGGAGGGGGAGUUCAUCCCUUUGAACCAGACAGACAUCAACGUGGGUUAUUACACCGGAGAUGACCGGCUGUUUCUGGUGUCGCCGCUCAUCAUCAGCCAUGAAAUUAACCAGCAGAGCCCUUUCUGGGAGAUCUCCAAGGCCCAGCUGCCCAAAGAGGAACUGGAAAUCGUGGUCAUCCUCGAGGGAAUGGUGGAAGCCACAGGGAUGACCUGCCAGGCGCGGAGCUCCUACAUCACCAGUGAGAUCCUGUGGGGUUACCGGUUCACGCCCGUGCUCACGCUGGAGGACGGCUUCUACGAAGUGGACUACAACAGCUUCCACGAGACCUACGAGACCAGCACCCCAUCCCUCAGUGCCAAAGAGCUGGCCGAGCUGGCCAGCAGGGCCGAGCUGCCCCUGAGUUGGUCUGUGUCCAGCAAGCUGAAUCAGCACGCGGAACUGGAGACGGAGGAGGAGGAGAAGAACCUGGAAGAGCAGACAGAGAGGAAUGGUGACGUGGCCAACCUAGAGAACGAAUCCAAAGUGUAACCCCACCACCCCCUACCACCACCACCACACCCACCACCUUCCCCUGCACUGGACAACUCCUUCUCCUCUUUCCCGGUCUCUCAUCCUCUUCUCUGUCUCUUUUAACUCCGUUCUUCCUUUGUUUCUCUUUCAUCUCGGCAUCCUCAGAAAACAGGUCUCCAAGGUGUAAAAUAUCUACCUGCCCUGGCUCAGUUCUUUGGAUUGACAAGGUAGACACGGAUUCGGUUAAGGUGUCCAAGUUGGUCUCCCUAAACACCACCUGCCCAACUCCUAGAGAUUUUGAGCUUCUGUUGUCCAGUACCAGAUCACUCAAGAGAGCGUGUGUGAGAUUCGACCCGGGACAAGACAAGUGCAGUCUCCGGUUCCUAUUCAUCAACCAGUGAGACAUAGGCCGGCCUCUUGCUGGUCUAGAUCCCGGUGAAUCUCAUACCCAGGGCCAGGUGCAAGCCCGAAGUGCAAGCCUGAAGCGGGCAGUGCACUUCUAGCCCAGGUGAGCUAAAGGUAACACCCUGUACAUAUCUAUGCCUUAUGUCCUUUUUUUUCUGCAGUUAAUAAAAUCCAGCAUGUACAAAAAAAAAGACUGUAGAACAGAACUUCUAAAUAUUGUACAUAGGUGUAUCAUUCAUAUAGGUUUAGAUACAUACCUUUAGAAUAAGAAGCAAAAAAUAAAAA